GGAGGCUUUGCACGAGAGCGCCAACCAGAGCGAGCAAGCGAGAGAAAGCGAGAAGCCGCAAUUUGCGAGCCCCCACCGCUCCCCCCCCCCCCCUCUGGCCUCUCUCGCCGUGGCUCCCGCACCGCUCAUCUGUCUCUCGGCCGUCGUUGGCCUCGUCGACGCUGCCCCCGCGCCUCCGCCGCGAUGGACGCCGCGCGCUUCCCUCCGCUCCUCCGGGAGGCCUCGGACGCCGCAGAUGAUCUGAGCGGGCUCGAAGCGGACAGCCGCCUCGCCUCCGAGGAGAAGGACUGCCGCCGCGAGAAGGCGGAGACGCAGCGCCGGGACGGCGACGAGCAACAGCUGGACCGGCUGAGGGCUCGAGUCCCGCAGCUGCUGCUGGAGCUGGACCGGGCCAGGGAGACGUCCGCUAAGCGCCGAAGCGGCUUCCUGGAGCUGCAAGGACUGUUGGAGGACGAACGUCUGUCCAGCGCCCAUCAGGCCGAAGCCUUCGCUCGACAGAUCCAGAAUCUGCAAGCCCAGCUGGAGCAGGCGCAGGCGCAGACGGACGGCCCGGAGGAGGAGGAGGCCGGCGAGCUGGCCGAGGCGCGGGAGGAGCUGCGCGCCGCCCGCGAGGAGGCCGUCCUGCUGCGGCGGGCGGCCCAGGAGGCGGCGGCCGAGCGCGAGAACGACAUCGCCUGGCUGCAGGAAGAGCUGUGCCGGCGCAGGGCCGAGCUGGGGCGCCUCGGCGAUGACGCGCGCCGCUACCGGCUGGACCCGCUGAAGGAGGACUGCCGGGCCCUGAAGGAGGACAACCGGCGGCUCGCGGACAGGCUGCAGCUGCUCCGCGAACGGCGGACGAGCCCCAGCGCAUACAUGGCCCUGAAGGAGGAAGAGGCGGGCACCCGAGGGACGGAGACGCCCGCCGACGAGGUUGUGAGCCAGAGCUACGUGACGGUGGGCCGGGCGGACGCCCCCGUCCAGAAGAACGGCGGCAGCGGGGAGAUGGAGAUGGAGCUGAAGCAGGCCGAGGAGGAGGCCCGGCGGGUUCAGAGAGAGUGCCACGCCCUGAAGUCGGAGCUGCGGGAGCUGCAGGAGCUCUACGACGGCAGUCAGAGGGAGCGCCGCCACCUGGAGGAGGAGCUCGGCCGCUGCAAGGCGGAGCUGCAAAAGUUGGCCGGCGGGGAUCCGAGAUUGGGCCAUCCGUCUGAGCCCCCUCUUCUCUCCAUCCCCCUCAUAGGAAUGAUUGUGAUAGUGGGCGUGCUCUGGUGCUGGCUGGCCGAGUUGGCGUCCCGGAGAGCAAGGGGGGCGAGCUAGCUUGGAAGUCCAUCUUGACGGCGGCCGCCGUGCCGCUCGCCACCAGCGGCCUGUUGAGGGCGCUCGCCUGGGGUUGAGCGACCGCUUUUUUUGCAACGGACCGCCAGACGUCGCUUCGGGAGAGGUCGGCGUCCGCUCGCUCAAGGUGACGACGGAGCCCCCGGGGCGCGGCCGGCGUUCCGCGCCUUCGUGGGGGGAGGCCGAGGACGGCCGCCACGGUGACGCCUCCGGGACACCGUCACUCCUCCUCUGGGAAUAUUCGCUCUCCUGGCUUUUCGCCUCCCGUGUGCCCCCGGUGGAUCGAUUUCAUCGCUAUUUCGUGAUGCGUUUGUUGCCUUCCAUAUUGUUUGUUCAACGCGCCACAAUGGCUUUUUUUUGGUGGGGGGGGGGGUUCCCCUUUUUCUGUUGAUGCAAAGUGAUGUUGGUGACCAGCUCGCAAUUAAACUCAUAUGCGACACAA